GUUAUUUGUAAAAGUCAUGUUACUUGAAGUUAGGAAUACGCACUUACUUAUUAAUUAAUACGCAAUUCCCCUUUCACAAAACAAGGUUAUUUCUAUUGAAUAUUCUUCAAUUUAUUAAAUUAUUGAUUGUUCGACUCCAUACGUUUGGAAGUAAAGCAUUUGCAAUGUUUCAAAGUAAUUCAAACUGGAAUAGAAACAAUAAUGCAAAUACAACCAUGCGCUGUGGAGAAAGUGGCAAUGUAGGCACAAAGUCUCAGUCAAUAGAUGAUGAUUCUAUAGAUUCAGUUCCUUUAACGGAAGGUCAUAAGUUAUGUGAUAAUGAACACGAACAACAAAUAGAUAAUUCAUCUACAGUUUUAGAAAAAAUUGCUGGUCUUUAUGCUGAAAGACUCUUGAGUGAUAUUACUUUAGAAGUUGGUGGAAAACAGUUUGCAGCACAUCGUUUAAUACUUUGUGCUUCUAGUGAUGUAUUUCAGGUUAUGUUAAUGAAUAGAAAUUGGAGUGAAUCUCAUGAAAGCAGAAUUACUUUGCAUGAGGAUCCAGCAUGUGUUCUUGUUUUUCCUGACUUUCUAAAAUAUUUAUACACUGGAAAAUUACACAUCAAUCAUUUUUUGGUUCUUCCACUUGUCACAUUAGCUGAUAAAUAUAAUGUUAAAGAUCUAAUACAUUUGUGUGUGGAUUAUAUGUGCCGACAUGUUGUAUCUGCUACUAAACAUAACCAGUUGGUUUCGUGGCUUCAAUAUACAUUAAAUUGUGGCCAUAUUCCUAUUUAUACUGCUUGUAGCAAUUUUAUUACUUGGAAUUUUGAAUUAGUUGCUGACAUGGAUGAUUUUGGGAGUUUAGAGACAAAUGUAUUAAUUAGCUUUCUGAAAAAAUCUGAUCUUGUAGUUAAUGACGAACUUACAGUAUUUCAGGUUUCGUGGCUUCAAUAUACAUUAAAUUGUGGCCAUAUUCCUAUUUAUACUGCUUGUAGCAAUUUUAUUACUUGGAAUUUUGAAUUAGUUGCUGACAUGGAUGAUUUUGGGAGUUUAGAGACAAAUGUAUUAAUUAGCUUUCUGAAAAAAUCUGAUCUUGUAGUUAAUGACGAACUUACAGUAUUUCAAUAUGUAGCAAAAUGGCUAUUCGUUCAAGAAGAGCAUCUGCGCGAAAUCUAUGAAGAAGAAGAAGCCACGCAGAAAUUUGCUACUUUAGUCACUAGUGUUUUAUCUCACAUAAGGUUCCCCAUGAUGACGCCUAGACAGAGAGCAAGUCUAUCGAAUCAUUCUCUCGCCUGCCGUUUCAGGGACUUCUUUUUGGGUGCCAUGAUGUUCGCUAUGAACAUCAACGAACGGCAUACCGCUCCCAAUUUAGAUCUUUUCGUACCGCGAUUGUACACGUGCCCGACUUGGUGCACGCAAUUUGUGGUGGAAAAUUACCCUAUCUUAACGGCCUACAGUUACAGGACAUUAACAUUUAGCACACCUUCGAGCAUCGCGGAAUGGGACAAUUGUCAUCAGACGAAAAUCAAUUGGACGAUGGAUAUAUAUCCGAAAGGCGUGUGGUUUCGUAAAUUUUAUCUCCUCCUGUGGAGAGGAAGAUCGGAAAUGCCCGAAUACGUCAUCAAAUCGGUAAGAGUGUCGGUAUCUCCCGACAUUUCCGACGAAACCAUUAGAGCCACGGUGGGUGUCCUGGUAUGCGGGAAGGAAGACAGCACGGAGCACAUCCAGAGAGUAAUCUCCAAAGAGUUUCUGUUCACCAACGAAGAUCGAGUGUUAAAUCUAGAAGACGUCAUUCCGUACGAAGAACUGAAUUGUUUCCGAUCAUCUUACCUAGUGGGCGAAAAAUCUGACACGUUGAGGAUCAUGGUGGUGGUUCUUCCCACGUUGUCCACUUGCCACGACACCGGACAGAAGUCAAAUAUUCCGUCCAAAUAUAUCUGUGAUACGGUGGUCUGUUGUGUGGCAAAAUGGUUAUUCAUACAAGAAGUCAGAUUGAAAAGCCAGUGUGAGCCAGAUGAAGAAUUACAGUUUGGUAAACUUGUUACUGACGUCAUGUCACACGUUCGUUUUCCCAUGAUGUCACCACGUCAGUUAGCUAGUCUUCUCAUUCAUCCUCUUACGAGUCGUUUUAAGGAUUUUUUUGUUGAGCAAAUGGUUUUUGCCAUGGCUUUCCACUCUAAUAAGUGUAAUGAAAAAAUUCAACAGGCUUUACAGUCGCCUGGUGGUCAGUUACAUUUUACCCCAAGAUUAUAUACGACGGAAUUGUGGAGCGCUUCUCUGAGCAUAGAAAAUUAUCCUUCGUUACCCACAUACGGGUUAAGAACACUGGUCUUUACUACUCCGGCCAGUUUUGCAGAGUGCAUAUCGGAUCACUCUUAUGAAUGGACAGUGGACAUAUAUCCAAAAGGAGUUUGGUUUAGAAAAUUUUAUCUCAUCGUAUGGCAGGGUACUUUAGAAAUGCCAGAAUCGGUAUCAAAAACAGUCAGACUCUCACUAACUUCUAAAGAAAGCAAUGAUAUGGCAAGGGUUUCUAUUGGAAUCUUAAUCUGCGGAAAACAGGAUGGUAUGGAGCACAUUAGGACAGUCGUGAAACAAAACUUUGUUUUUUCUGACGAGGAACGAAUGCUCAAUAUAAACGACCUAAUUCCGUAUGACGAAUUGAACGAUCUUCGAGCAGGAAGAUCUCCAUAUCUCGUCGGUUCCAACUCUGACAUAUUAAAACUUCACAUUGUCAUCACACCUCUGUUUUGUGGAUGAUGAGACAAGAGAAAAUGAAAUAAAUUCACUGCCUAAUUUAUCUUAUACAUAAAUUAAGUAUUUGUAUUUUUACUUCUUUCUAAUCAAUUUAAGAAAUCUGUCUGAAUUAUCUUAUUACAGGUCUGGAUUUUAUGUACACAAUACAAAAUGUUAAAAUUGGAAAUGAUGUUUUGAACUAUAAUAUAUUGUAUAAUUAAAGGGAAGAUUAAAUUUGGUUUUUUUUAUUAAUUUGGAAUUUUUUAUUUAAUAGUUAAACAUUCUUAGAUGACAAGAAAUACAGUGCAUUUGUAAUAAAGUAAUGAAAUACCUUUAUAUUUUGAGUAAUAUUCCUUCAUUUAAAACCCAUAACAAUAAUUUUUUAAUCUUUAGUUUGAAACAUAAUUUUAUGCUUAGUUUCAUGAUUAAUUUCCAAACUGAUUGAGGUGCAAUUCUUCUAAGAAUGUGGAAUAUUCAAAUAAUAGAAAUUUGAUGACUGGUAUUAUGAAAGGUUGUUAUCAGUCAGAAAUAAAUCUGUAUUACUAGAAAUUACAAAUACCUUUAUAGGCUAUUAAAAAGCUUGCCUCUAUUACUAAUUUUACAAAAUAAUAGCUAAAACAAUGCAUUUUGGACAAAUAGUUAAAUUCUCUGAGAAUGUAAUAAGCCUGACUGUCAGUUCUAGUUAACUAUUAUUUUGUAAAACCUUUAUAGACUAAUUACAUUUUAAUUUAGUUGUUAUUUAUACAUAUUUUAUGAAGUAAUUUCAGUUUUUCAUUAUUCUGUAGUGUCUCAAUUACCUGAUAUUUCAUUUAAUUGGUCUUAUGCUUUAUCCAAUAUAACCAUUUGAUCUGUUAUAUACAAUGUUGUAUUGUACAGUACAUGCAUAUACAGUAUAUCAUUUUACCCACCCGCACUGCUUAUUUGUCUGUUAAUGCAUAACACAAUGCCAUAAACAUGCAAUGUGUGAAGCACUAGCAGAGAGAGAUUUUGCUAGUUCUACUCUGCUAGUGAUUUAUGUCUGUAUUGUACCUAUUGGGAUCAUGUCCAAUAAAACAAUCAUUUUUUAUAAAAUGUUGUUGCUUGAGCAAUGUGGCAAGUGGAGAGAGAGAAUUAUUUUUUCAGUUAAAAAUAUUAAUAAAUCUUUAUUUUAUAGUUACACCAGAAUUUUCAUUAACUUGUGAUUUGUUAUUCUCUUCCACUAUUUAUCAUCUACCAGUUGUAUUUAUACCAAACAAUCAAGAUUUUACUGUAAUAAUUCUAAAUUAUUUAAUGUUGAAAAUUAUUUAGAGCAAUAUUUUGUAAAUUUAAUAUAGUUUAGUUUGUCAGUUGCAGAUGAUCAUUUCUGAUGAAGAUAUUCCAAUCAAUGGCCAGAUGGCUAUGCAAUAUAUUAUAUAUAUAUUAUAAAAAAAAAAGUGGGAUCAGUGGCACGUUAUAGCAUGGGCAAAAAAGGGCAAUGGCCUGGAGCUACAAAUAAAAAAUUUUAUUUGAAAAUUUUCCCCCCAAAGAAAAAUGUUUGAAGAUGACAUGGUAGGUGAGGCCCCUAAUUCAAAUUUGCUUGGGAACCAGGAAGCUAUAACAUGCCGCAAUGGGAUCUAGUUUAAUUCUAAUUUAGCAUUAAGAAGUUAAUAAAAGCAAAUUGGAAUUUUUCUGUCCAUAAUGCUGUUCAUUUCUUUGUCCUUGCUGGCUGACUUUAUUCUACCAGUGCAAUUUAAUUAAUCUAAUAGGUUUCAUAGCAAAAAAGAAUGACUGGAUUAUUAAUUAACUUCAAAAAUUUAUCACAUUAUUUUAUAAUAUAUGGAAACUUGCUGUAUGUUUACUGUACAUAAUUAUGGUUUCAGUGUUAAUUGACAUUGGUUCUAACGAUCAAUUUCAACUUGAGAUGUUUUUAACAAUUUUAUUAAUGAAUUCAUUUUGCUAUUCUGUAAUAGAAAGUUUUCAGUAUAUAUUUCAGUUACGGAUAAAUAACAAAACAAUGGGAUAUUUAAAUAAAUAUUGAUGUAUAAAUACAUCAUAUAAAGAUAAAUAAGAAAAGGCAAGCUAUUCAAAAGUAUGGUGUAGGUAUAUGUUUAUAUAUAGACAUGAAGCUUGAAAUUGUUUUUACGAAAUUUUCAGACUGAUAGUAAAUAUUUGUCUUUCAGAUAUGUAGCAAAAUGGCUAUUCGUUCAAGAAGAGCAUCUGCGCGAAAUCUAUGAAGAAGAAGAAGCCACGCAGAAAUUUGCUACUUUAGUCACUAGUGUUUUAUCUCACAUAAGGUUCCCCAUGAUGACGCCUAGACAGAGAGCAAGUCUAUCGAAUCAUUCUCUCGCCUGCCGUUUCAGGGACUUCUUUUUGGGUGCCAUGAUGUUCGCUAUGAACAUCAACGAACGGCAUACCGCUCCCAAUUUAGAUCUUUUCGUACCGCGAUUGUACACGUGCCCGACUUGGUGCACGCAAUUUGUGGUGGAAAAUUACCCUAUCUUAACGGCCUACAGUUACAGGACAUUAACAUUUAGCACACCUUCGAGCAUCGCGGAAUGGGACAAUUGUCAUCAGACGAAAAUCAAUUGGACGAUGGAUAUAUAUCCGAAAGGCGUGUGGUUUCGUAAAUUUUAUCUCCUCCUGUGGAGAGGAAGAUCGGAAAUGCCCGAAUACGUCAUCAAAUCGGUAAGAGUGUCGGUAUCUCCCGACAUUUCCGACGAAACCAUUAGAGCCACGGUGGGUGUCCUGGUAUGCGGGAAGGAAGACAGCACGGAGCACAUCCAGAGAGUAAUCUCCAAAGAGUUUCUGUUCACCAACGAAGAUCGAGUGUUAAAUCUAGAAGACGUCAUUCCGUACGAAGAACUGAAUUGUUUCCGAUCAUCUUACCUAGUGGGCGAAAAAUCUGACACGUUGAGGAUCAUGGUGGUGGUUCUUCCCACGUUGUCCACUUGCCACGACACCGGACAGAAGUCAAAUAUUCCGUCCAAAUAUAUCUGUGAUACGGUGGUCUGACGACCAUUGCGCUAGAUUCUACUUUAAUGUUUCGUUCGAGUCCGAGUCGGAAAA